GCAAAACCCUUCAACCAACCAACCAACCAACCAGUCUACAUUCAGAACAAUGUUCCGGGUUAAAACACACCGUCAACAUGGCUGCUGUGUGGAUUGUGUCGGCGUUAGUUUGGUGUCUCUACUCGGGUAUACAAGGUGAUAUUUCUGUCACAACGACAGUUAACCCAGUGGGUCUUCUGGGGAACAAUGAAGUGGAACUUGUGUGUACAUAUAGUCUUGCAUCCGUUGAUACAGUGCUUUCCAUUUUAUGGAACAGAGAGACCUCAAAAGACUCUGAAACAUAUAAACAUAUAGCACAGUUUUAUCCUCCAGGAUCAUCACAGAGGCAUGCAUGGUUAAAUAAUUUCACCAACCCUGUUUCUGGACGAGUAGUUCUAACAAACCCGACAGACUCCUCCCUCACAGCUAAGAUCAAGUUUACAAGUGUGGUAUGUGGUGAUGAGCGUAAAUAUGAAUGUUAUGUAGUUGGAGUUAGUAAUGGUGCACUGAUCAAACCGGCCAGCGUCACCAGUCUUACAGUCAGAGCAAAGCCUAAGGCCAUAGAAUUUAAUGAAGUGGAAGUGGUGCCGUCAUCUAAUGUUGAGGAGGGACAGACGGUCACGUUCACUUGUACCGGUAACGUUGGUCGGCCGGCAGGGACCUUCUCAUGGACCAGGUACAAAGGUACCACAGUCCCUACUGGUACCACCAUAGUCUCUACCACACAGACAUCCCCUAGUACCGACUGUACCUUCACCGGCAGUAGUGUCAUCUCUAUACCGAUGACCAAAGACGACAACGGUAUCUUUGUUAGGUGUGCCUUACAACACGUAACCAUCAGCGACCCCACAGACACCGCCUACUUUAAACUGACCGAUGUCAUCAACGUGUUUUACAAAGUGAGAGCGCCUACCAUUAUAAAGAGUCCAAACGCAGCAGCUCAUUACGAGGACACCACCUUGACCUUGACCUGUGCUGCCAAGGGUAACCCUACUCCUAUGUAUGUUUGGUGGGUUCAUAGAAGACAGGUCGGCACCUCAGCACAGCUUCAACUGACCAACAUCAAGAUUGCCCAAUCAGGAGACUAUGUCUGUGAGGCCACGAACAACUUUAACGGGAACACGUACAACAUGACCAGUACAGUCAGCAUUACCAUAGAAACUCAACAUACCACUAUACCCACGACUACUACCACGACAGUUCCAUCUGUAAACCCGACGUCAGGAGGCUGCACCAUAAAGCGGACAAUUGAUGACGGCGAUUCAACACGCCUGUAUACAGCUGGGGCUGUGAUGUUGUGUAUAUCGUUGAUCCUGCUGAUAGUCACCGUCGUUAUUUGGAUAUUCAUAAGUCGAAACAAAAAACUGCCAUGUUUCAAAUUUUCGAAAAUUGAGGAAUCAAGUCACUUUCAUGGGGUUCAUCAUUCAGUCAGUACAAUCCACGAUGAAGACGAAAGAUCUCGAUACCAACAACUAGACUCGGCUGAUAUCGCCGGACCAUCUGUGUAUCAGGCGCUCGGACAACCUCCUAACGGUGAACAAGGCCGCUUAGACAGAAAUGAUGAUAUGAUAAAAGAUCAGCCCGCCCCCAGUCUUUACGACGAGGUACAUGGACCAGGGGACGGGUAUACCAGGUCCUACGUCAACAUGGCUUUUUCCGGGAACACACCAACUGUCGGAAAAUAGCGUUAAACCAGGGCCCAGACUAUAAAAAGAAAGAGGCGGAGCCUAAAUUUGAAAAUGUCUGUUUUUAGCUGCAGUUAAGAGCUCAGACAAUUUGUUUCAUUAAAAUCAAAAGUUUCAGGAAAAUAAGAACAACAGACUACACAUUAUAAUAAAUCGUUUUUACAUCGUGGAUAAUUUCACGAGAGGGCAAAUCAAUAUUUCUCUCCGUUUUCUAAUAGUAUUAACACAAGUACAAUGUUUUUACGUAGUUCUGUAACGAUUUGGUUGUUGUAUUACUGUUUUUGUCGAACAUUUGUUAUGUAUAGUUUUGUUUAUUUCUUAAUUAUUUUGAAAAAAUUGUAUACACACUAAAUAUGCUUUUUUAUAUCACAUUUAAUAUUAAUAUCACACUAAGUUCCGCUCAGAUUUUUUUCUUAUUUCUUACAGUUGAUAAAAAAGACAUUUGCUCUGAAUAAUUUAAGAAUGUACUCAUCUGAGAUUCAAUUCACGUUCGAAUCUGGUAUUGAACUAGUGAAACGGGUUUCUAUAAAAUUUAU